GAGACACACACCAGUCAGUCACCUGUCCAAACAAGUACUCUACUGCUCUAAUUCCCUCCCCACUACCACUCGCCAACUCCAACAUCUCUCCAUUUCAAACCACCACAGCGCCAUGCUUUCCCUCUCCUCCCUCCUCCUCCGCCGCCACCGCCUCCAUUUCCACAAAUCCUUCUCCACCCUUAGCCUCCCUCUCCGCCACCCAACCUACCUCGUCUGGUCCUCCAACACCUCCCUCGGCAAAACCCUCGUCUCCGCUGGCCUCGCCGCCUCCUUCCUCCUCCCUCUCCCCCUCCCGCUCCCCCUCCGCCGCCGCCGCCGCUUUCUCUACCUCAAGCCCCUGCAGACCGGCUUCCCCUCCGACUCCGACUCCGGCUUCGUCUUCCGCAAGCUCUCCGCCCUCUCCUCCGCCGCCGCCACCCACCCCUUCCUCGCCUCCCACCGCGUCCUCAAAACCUCCGCCGCCGAUCGAUUCGGAAUGGCCGACUCCGAUUUCCGUGACGAGUUCAGGUUCUCCGGCGGAAAAGGAGCGGACGGGGCUCCAUCCGAGCUCAUAUGCGAGACGAUGUUCGCGUGGAGGGAGGCGGUCUCGCCGCAUUUGGCUGCCGAGAGGGAAACCGGCGCGGUCGAGGACUCGGCGGUGCUCGCAAUGCUGCAGCGGCGGUUGGAAAUGGGGUUGAAUUCUGGAGUUGACGAGGAGGAAGAGGUGAAUGCCUUUUGCGUGGUUGAGACCGCCGGCGGAGUUGCUAGCCCCGGGCCGUCUGGGACUCUUCAGUGUGACCUCUACAGACCUUUCCGUCUACCUGCAAUCCUUGUUGGAGAUGGACACUUGGGUGGUAUUUCCGGUACUAUUUCAGCUUAUGAAAGUUUAAAGCUUCGAGGUUAUGACGUUGUUGCUGUUGUUAUCGAAGACCAUGGUCUUGUAAAUGAAGUGCCAUUAGGAUCAUACCUUCGUCAAAGGGUGCCUGUUCUUGUGCUUCCAUCUAUUCCACAAGAUCUGUCAGAUGAUUUGAUUGAGUGGUACAAGGAUGCUCGUGUUGUAUUUGAUUCACUUGUAGACACAAUGCUAUCGGCACAUGCGGAACGCAUAAAGAGAUUGCGUGACAUGCCAAAGAAGGCUGGCAAUGUUAUCUGGUGGCCUUUUACUCAGCACAAACUUGUAUCGGAAGAAGAUAUCACAGUUAUCGAUUCACGUUGUGGAGAGAACUUUUCUGUUUUCAAGGCUGAAGACGAUGGUGUUAUAACUCAGCAAUUUGACGCUUGUGCUAGUUGGUGGACUCAAGGACCUGAUGCAAUUUUACAGACUGAACUUGCAAGGGAUAUGGGUUAUGCUGCUGGAAGAUUUGGGCAUGUAAUGUUUCCUGAGAAUGUGUAUGAGCCAGCCUUAGAAUGUGCUGAACUUUUGCUUGAAGGUGCUGGAAAAGGUUGGGCCUCACGAUCAUAUUUUUCAGACAAUGGAUCUACAUCAAUUGAAAUUGCACUCAAGAUGGCCUUUCGUAGAUUCUCAUUUGAUCAUGGUAUUCUAAAUGAUGACUCAUCUGAAAGACGAACUGAGCUCAUGGUCCUAGCUCUUACAGGAUCUUAUCACGGUGAUACUUUAGGUGCAAUGGAAGCACAAGCACCAUCUUCUUAUACGGGUUUCCUCCAACAGCCAUGGUACACUGGAAGAGGCCUCUUUCUGGAUCCUCCUACAGUCUUUUUGUGCAACAAUACCUGGAAUGUUUCCUUGCCUGAAGGAAUGCGAUCAAGUAGUGAGAACUUUGAAAACAUAACCUUCAGUUCGCGUAAUGAAGUUUUCAAUACAAACAGGGACAAGUCAAAUCUUGCAGAAACUUAUUCAUUAUAUAUAUCACGUGUGUUAGAACAAUAUCCUAAAUCAGAGGGGCUUGUUGGAGCUUUGAUUAUGGAACCAGUUAUACAAGGUGCUGGAGGAAUGCAUUUCGUUGAUCCACUUUUCCAGCGGGUUCUUGUAAAUGUGUGCCGGAGUAAAAAUAUUCCAAUUAUCUUUGAUGAGGUUUUCACUGGUUUCUGGCGUUUGGGUACAGAGACUGCAGCAGAACUACUUUCCUGUGUACCAGAUAUAGCCUGCUUUGCUAAGCUGAUGACAGGUGGAAUUAUACCUUUAGCUGCUACAUUGGCUACAAAUGCUGUAUUUGACUCAUUCAUCGGAGACUCAAAGCUGAAGGCCCUUUUGCAUGGGCACUCGUAUUCAGCACAUGCUAUGGGAUGUACAGCAGCUGCGAAAUCCAUAAAAUGGUUCAAAGAUCCUCGGACAAACCCUAAUAUAGUUUCUGAAGGAAGGUUACUUAGAGAGUUGUGGGACAAAGAACUGGUAUAUAUGAUCUCAUCACAUCCUGCGGUUGAGAGAGUGGUUGCAUUGGGAACCCUUUGUGCCUUAGAACUCCGAGCAGAAGGCCCUAAUGCCGGGUAUGCGUCGACCUAUGCGAGAUCUCUUCUUAAGAAACUUUGUGAAGACGGUGUUUACAUGAGGCCUUUAGGCAAUGUCAUAUAUCUCAUGUGUGGACCCUGCACGUCUCCUGAGAUCUGCCACCAAGUACUCACCAAGGUGUAUAGAAGACUCGAUGAAUUUAGCCGAAUUCGAUGAACAAAAAGAAUUUUGCGAGUACGAUUUUAACCAACUCUUCCGGGCCUUAAAAGAAAAAUUUGAUGUGACAGUUUUCUAACUCUAUAGGCUGAGGGAUUUGACGAUAUAAGUAUCUCAUAAGAGUAUUAUACUUGUUAUGUUUCAUCUUAGUCAUAUUGCCCUUUGCUAGAAUUUCAGGAAAUUUAUUCUGAACUUCCUUUUCCCUGGGGUGACAAGUUGAUGAGCAAGGGGUUUGGAGGGAUUUUGUAUUCCU